ACUGCGCCGUAGCGUAUGCAGCUUGUGAGUUCCGUUCGCAAGCUCCCUACGCGCAUUGUAUGGUACUUGAGUGUACGCUAUCUACGAGGUAGUGAUAGUGGCUGCUAGGAUAGUAACACUCUCAGUGCACACCCGAAGUGAGGUAGCUCUCAGGGAGGUGCGUUUGUGCAGGCUGACGUUUUCUGACAGAACGUUGUUCGUGCAAUGGCUACCAUCUUGGGAAGUUGUCGUGAGCUAUUACUGGAGCUGGGAAUAUACUUGUGGUGCAUAGUGACCCGGCUGUUAUUUGCCCUGUGGUUUUCUUGGAAAAGGCCUGUACCACUGCCACCUGUAACCGACAAGCUCCUUCUCCGUUCUGCUACAUCUCUUGCUGCCGACAUCAGAAAUGGCAAGGUCAAAAGCGUGGACCUUGUCUCGGCCUACAUCAGACGCAUCAGGGAGGUGCAGCCCAUCAUCAACGCUGUCGUCGAGGAGAGGUUUGAAGAGGCUCUCAAAGAUGCCGAGGAGGUCGACAGACUGGUUGCAUCGGGAACCACCGGCGCGAGCCAACUGAGCAAAGAAAAGCCGCUGCUGGGGCUGCCGUUCACUGCCAAGAACAGCGUUGCGAUCAAAGGUCUGCGACAGGACGCAGGCUCCCUUUUCUGGCAUGGGCGGCGUGCCAUUGAAGAUGCCCCAUGUGUGGCAAUGCUCCGGGAAGCCGGCGCCAUCCCGCUGGCGCUUACCAACGUGCCCGAGAUGUGCAUGUGGUGUGACUCGAAGAACUUGGUGGACGGAUGUACGAGGAACCCGCACGACACACGGCGGAGCCCAGGUGGAAGCAGUGGUGGAGAGGGAAGCCUCCUCGCAGCAGCUGGAUCUCUUAUUGGUCUGGGAACAGACCUCGGCGGAAGCGUGCGAAUACCAGCUGCCUACUGCGGCGUAUUCGGCCACAAGCCUACAGCUGGAGUGGUGUCCAUCGCUGGUCUGAUGCCCGACGUGGGAGAGACCCUGGCCCAGUUCCUCUGCGUGGGACCAAUGACCAGGUUUUCGGAAGACUUACCACUGAUGCUAAGUGUUCUGGCAGGAGGUACCACCGACGUGUUUAGACUAAAUGAAGAGGUAGACCUUAAGACCCUGAAGCUGUAUUACAUAGACACUGAAGGGAGCCGCCACAUCAGCCGUGUGACAACCGAUGCUCGACAAGCUGUUAGACAGGUCACCCAACACCUGAAGGCGGCGCAUGGACUCGAAGCCCAUCGGCUGCACCUGCCAGAAAUACGAUUCGGCAUGUUCGUGUUCCACAAGAUUUUCGGCGCCAAGGAGACCAAAUCAAUUGUCGAGAUGUACAGGCCCGGCGGGCUCAACCCAAUCGUCGAGCUGCUCUACUACCUGGUCGGUGCUGGCCGGCACACACUCGUUGCGUUGAUCGCGUCCACGACGGCUCUGCUUGGCCGCCUCAGCUCGGAGCAGGAGGCUGAAGCUUGCCUCACUUCCAUAGAGAACGCCCGGCAGCGAUUUGAGGAGACGCUGGGGGACAACGGAGUCCUAGUCCUACCAGCAGCCGCGAGUGCCGCCCCGUUUCAGAAUCAGGAACUUCUAUUUCUCGAUGCAAUCAGCAUGACGGGUCUGUUUAAUUUGUUCAAGGUGCCCGCAACGGUGUGCCCUGUAAUGCGGUCAGCGGAUAAUUUGCCCUUGUGCAUCCAGGUGGUUGCGAAGAGAGGAAAUGACCGGCUAUGCCUCGCUCUUGCCAAGGAAAUCGAGAAGCGCUUUGGUGGGUGCAUUGAUCCUGCGAGGAAACUUUAAGGGCGUGCGUGUGUCGCGACCGGGUAAAUAAAGCCUUAUGCUCCUGUACAGCCCUUCUGGCGAGGGCUUCCUAAGUCGACUAAAUUUUGCAAGAAAAGCGUCUUUAGAAAGAGCGCCUCAUGUGAAAUAGGCUGCACGUGAUACGCUUUUGUACAUUUUAUUGCGGUAGUGAGAAGAUACGUUAUAAAAGAAUUUGUUAUUUUGGCAAAUACCUUCUUAUACGUUCCCACGAUCGAAACACUUCUGGCAUAUUCUUAUAAAAUACUUUACCGAGGAAACGGUUACACUACUUGUGGCUUGUUUCUUAAUAUGCUCGAAUAAAGGAAGUUGCGAUUACGGGGCAGAGGUUCCUUGUCUU